ACGAUGUCUAUCCGGAUAUCAAAUAUGAACGGUGGAGCCCAACUAUGGAUAUUAACGCAAAAACCUACCUGGAUGCAUGGGAUGUAUUAGAAUAAAUUACCGCUGAUUUGCGCUCGAAAGAUCAACAGCCCACUUCACUGAUGAGGUCAGAGACACCCAUACGAGAGGAGGACUGAGCAGGCCCCUCGCCAGCACGGCUCUCCUCUGGAGAAGCCCAGGUGCAACAGCAGCAGGGGCAGCUUUUCCCCAUCCAACUCCCUAGGACCCAAAAGUCCUAAACUCCACAUUUCCUCUCUUAGUGGGUCCCCGCGAGCGUUCAAAACUGUUUCUCCAACGCUUCUACCAAAAACUCAGACUGUUUUCCAGAGCAGAAGCAGCGGUUGGGCCCAGCUGCUCCUCCUCCCAGGGGGAAGCCAUGGGGAGCGUGCGAAGCCACCGCUACAGCAUUGUCUCCUCCGAGGAAGACGGCAUGAAGCUAGCCGCCAUCGCCGCCGUGCCCAAUGGCUACGCCAACGGCACGGUGGCCAAGGUUCACGCGGCGCAGCAGCAGGCUGUGAGCCGCUUCGUCCAGAAAGACGGCCACUGCAACGUGCAGUUCAUCAACAUGAGCGAGAAGGGCCAGCGUUACCUUGCCGACCUGUUCACCACCUGUGUGGACAUCCGCUGGCGCUGGAUGUUGAUCAUCUUCUGCCUGUCCUUCCUCCUCUCCUGGCUCUUCUUCGGCUUCGUCUUCUGGCUGGUAGCGCUCUCCUACGGCGACCUGGAGAACGAGACGCAGAUGUGCGUGUCUAACGUCAACAGCUUCACCGCCGCCUUCCUCUUCUCCGUGGAGACACAGACCACCAUUGGCUACGGCUACCGCUACGUCACUGAGGAGUGUCCCGUGGCCGUCUUCAUGGUGGUCUUCCAGAGCAUCUUCGGCUGCAUCAUCGACGCCUUCAUCAUUGGCGCCGUCAUGGCUAAGAUGGCCAAGCCCAAGAAGAGGAACGAGACGCUGAUCUUCAGCCACUACGCUACGGUGGCCAUGCGGGACAGCAAGCUGUGCCUGAUGUGGCGCGUGGGGAACCUGCGUAAGAGCCACCUGGUGGAGGCCCACGUGCGCGCCCACCUCCUCAGGUCGCGAACCACGGCCGAAGGCGAGUAUAUCCCCCUGGACCAGAUGGACAUCGACGUGGGCUUCGACAGCGGCGUCGACCGCGUCUUCCUGGUGUCACCCAUCACUAUUGUCCAUGAGAUCGACGAGGACAGCCCCUUGUAUGAGAUGAGCAAACAGGAGCUGGAAACGUCCCAGUUUGAGAUGGUGGUGAUCCUGGAAGGUAUGGUGGAAGCCACGGCCAUGACCACCCAGUGCCGCAGCUCCUACGUGGCCAGCGAGGUUCUCUGGGGCCACCGCUUCGAGCCAGUCCUGUUCGAGGAGAAUAACUACUACAAGGUGGACUACUCGCGCUUCGAGAAAACCUACGAGGUGAGCAGCACGCCCCAGUGUAGUGCCAGGGACCUGGCCGAGAAGAAGUCUCUGGUCUCUUGCUCCAACUCCUUCUGUUAUGAGAACGAGGUGGCCCUUGAAAAAGUGGAGAUGGAGGAGACGUUUGACGAGGAGAAAGAGGAGGAUGGGGAGGAGAAGGAGGAGGUAAAAAUGGAGGAUCAGGGUGCUAUUGAGAACGGCAUUGAGAACGCAACACUGGAGGAGACAAACACAGACACAGUCUCUGUACAUUCUGAACACAAUCAGGAUACCAGGAGUCUGACGAUGCCUUCAGAAGCAAGGCCUCUAAGACGAGAAUCAGAAAUAUGACUGCAGAGAUGUUAGGGAGGAAAUACUACAUGAAAUACUAUUAUGAUAGGUUUGACCUUUGCUCCUAACGUCUGUCUGUACUACUGCAGGAUGGCUUGACUGUGAGGUGAGUGUCCUUUUCUGAGGAAGACACUCAGGCACAAGUGAAUACAGAAUUAACAGACCAGAGAAAAUUAUGCAAUAUUAUUUAUUCUCUUUACACAAGUCCCUCAUCUGGUGGGAAGCGAUGGUAGAUUGACUGAGAGGAGUUGAUGGCUCUUCUGGCCCGUGGCACUAUAGGAAUGAGACGGGUUAGGUAGCAUUUUACACAGUGUGUGUGUGUGUGUGUGUGUGUGUGUGUGUGUGUGUGUGUG